UUGCUGUGUCGGUCGGUAUGGGUGGCCGAUGGUACCUACCCGCCUUCCCGGACAAGGAUAUCGACAUACCCGGGAACUAUUCUCUCGGUCACCGCUGCAAGACGGCCUCUCGAGGAGAUAUUCCUCCGCGAGACCAGAUAUCGAGCAUUGCCGAAUGCUGUGAAGACCCGAACUACAAUCAAACCUUCAGCUUCGACAGCAUCUUCCAGGCUAUGUUUGCGUAUGACAAGUCGGACCACAUGUUGUUCACGUACGACAGCGCCGCCUCAUUUCGCCUCAAGCUGUGUGACACCAAGAAGAACGUCACUGAUCUGCUUUAUAACAUCGUCGCCGACGAUAUUCAGUACGAUGACAUCGAGAACAUAUGCGGAUACGGCGAGUACUCCCGACUGCACACUUUGAACAGAGUGGCUGCAUUCCUGGGGAAAAAUUACACCUCGCCCGAUCAAGGAACCACCUGCAAAUUGCUCACAUAG